GUGCGGGUAGAACUGGUCCACAACCCUGCUUUCUGCAGUGCUUCCACUGCCAAGGAAAGAUACAGGCAGGUUUUCACCAUCAAGGGCCUGUCCUCCAAGGCGCUGCCGUUCGUGAUCGUCCCUCUCCAGCUAGGACUCCACGACAUCGAGGUCAAAGGGGCUGUCUUUGGCCAGUAUGUGUCGGACGGUGUGAAGAAGAAGCUGAAAGUUGUGCCCGAAGGGAUGUUGCAAAAGUUUACGACAGUCAUUGAGUUGGAUCCCGCUGCAAAAGGAGUCAAUGGAGUCCAGGAUGAGAAGAUUGUCGCCAGACCUAUCGACGACAAGGUCCCCGACUCGGAAACCGUGACCCAACUCACCAUCCAAGGGAACCCCGUGGCCCAGAUUGUCGAAGACUCCAUCGACGGGGCCAAACUGGACCAUCUCAUCAUCACCCCUUCCGGCUGCGGGGAGCAGAACAUGAUCAGACUGACUCCAACAGUUAUCGCCACCCACUAUCUUGACGCUACCGACCAGUGGGAGAAGCUUGGGGUGGACCGCCGGUCUGCUGCGGUCAAGCAGAUCAUGCAAGGUUAUAUACAGGAACUGGCGUACAAGAAAGCAGACUACUCCUACGCUUCCUCUAGCACACACCCGUCUAGCACCUGGCUAACGGCCUACGUCGCAAAGGUCUUUGCCAUGGCUAAGCCUAUCGAGACAAACAUCGAUGCCAAGGUCAUCUGCGGAGCUGUGAAAUGGCUGAUUCUGGAAAAGCAAAAGCCGGAUGGAAUGUUCCAGGAAGACUCCCCGGUGUUCAGCAGACCUAUGCAGGGAGGCUAUAAUGGCGCGGAACCAGAGGCAUCCUUAACAGCCUUCGUCCUGGUGGCCCUGCUGGAGUCCAGAGAAAUCUGCAGACAACAAAUCAACAUUUUAGAAAACAGCAUCACCAAAGCGGCCGAGUAUCUAGCCAAAAAGUACGAGGCGCUGGAAAGGCCCUACACCGUGGCCCUCACCUCGUAUGCUUUAGUCCUCGCCGGGAGGCUGGACCAUGACAGGGUACUGAUGAGAGCAUCCACAGGUGGAGACCGGUGGGAAGAGGCCAAUGCGCGCACGUACAACAUCGAAGGCACCUCCUACGCUCUUCUGGCCCUGCUGAAACUGAGGAAGUUCGAGGAGGCUGGCCCCGUUGUAAAUUGGCUGACCCAGCAGAAGUAUUACGGGGGGACCUACGGGCACACUCAGUCAACUAUUAUGGUGUUCCAAGCUCUUGCCCAGUACCAGACGGAUGUCCCACCCCGUAAGGACCUGAAUUUGGAUGUUUCUCUUCAAUUGCCGGGACGUUCUGCUGCGAUCAAGUAUAGAAUUAACUACCAAAAUGCCCUCCUCGCUAGAUCAGAAGAGACCAAGAUCAACGAAGACUUCACCGUGAAAGCGACCGGGCAGGGCCAGGCCACCAUGACCGUAGUGACCAUGUACAGCGCAAAACUCCGCGAGGAGGCUGUUCCCUGCAAGAAUUUUGAUCUGCACGUGGCUGUCACGCCCGUCCAGCUCCGUAAGGCAAUAGAUGGAGUCUCUGGAGCAAUGAAGAUCGAAAUCUGCGCCAGGUAUCUCCGUGAUUCCGAUGCCACCAUGACCAUCAUCGAUGUCUCCAUGCUGACGGGUUACGGGCCAGCCACGGAAGACCUAAAGAGGCUUUCCGAAGGUGUGGACAGAUACAUCUCCAGGUACGAAAUCGACACCGUCAGGUCUGAAAGGGGGAACCUCAUCAUCUAUUUGGACAAGGUUUCUCAUGUGGUGGACGAAUGUCUGGAAUUCAGAGCUUACAAGUAUUUUGAGGCUGGUCUCGUUCAGCCGGGGUCCGUCACGGUGUACAGCUACUACUCCCUGGAUGACCGCUGCACCAAGUUCUAUCAUCCGUCCCAGGGAAGCGAGCACCUCAAUAAGAUCUGCCACGGUGACGUUUGUCGGUGCGCGGAAGAGAACUGCUUCUUGCACAGACAAGGAGAUGAACCCGCCGACUUGCAGGAGCGAGUUCUGGAAGCCUGCAAGCCAGAAGUGGAUUACGUGUACAAGGCCAAGCUUACUCGAAUCGAAGAAGAAAACGGUUACGACAACUACAUGAUGGAAGUUCUGGAAGUUAUUAAAGAAGGGACUGACGUCAACCCACGAGCCAGACCCCGCAAGUUUAUCAGCCACAUGAAAUGCAGGGAGUCUCUGCAGCUGCAGGUGAACACGGAUUACCUGGUCUCAGGCCACAGGAAAGACCUGUGGCCCACCAAAAACGAUGUCAACUACCUCAUCAGCAAGGACACGUGGAUCGAGAAGUGGCCAAGUGACGACGAAUGCCAGGAGGAGGAAUACGAAACCCUGUGCACCGACCUCAUUGACUUCUCCAGCAGACUCAGCAUUUUCGGCUGUGACAACUAACAACGGAAACGGCGUCUGCAGCAACUGCGUGAAGGCGGAACUGAGCCGACGUCGCAGAGAAGACACAAACCAGCCUGAAGUUCCGGCUUCCUCGCUUGCUCUGCUGCUGUACCCCCACAUUGUGGGGUUUUUUGGUAUACAUAUAUGUGAAUAAAAAUAAAGAACAGAUU